GAUCAGAGCUCAGACUAGUUUCAGUUUUAAGGAAGAGAAACUCGCACAGUCACUGACACUGAGAGGAGAAAUGGCACAGAAAGGAGUUCAGCUGGACCGAGAAACCUUCUCUUGUUCCAUCUGUUUGGAUCUACUGAAGGAUCCGGUGACUACAGCCUGUGGACACAGCUACUGCAUGAACUGCAUUAAAAGUUUCUGGGAUGAAGAGGACAGGAAGGGAAUCCACAGCUGCCCUCAGUGCAGGAAGACUUUCACAGCGAGGCCUGUCCUGGAGAAAAACGUCAUGUUUGCAGCUUUAGUGGAGCAGCUGAAGAAGACUGGACUCCAAGCUGCUGCAGCUGAUCACUGCUAUGCUGGACCUGAAGAUGUGGAUGAACAUAAAGGCCAUGAAACAGUCCCAGCUGCAGCAGAAAGGACUGAGAAGCAGAAGGAGCUCGAGGUGAGACGACUCAACAUCCAGCAGAGAAUCCAGGAGCGAGAGAAAGAUGUGAAGCUGCUUCAGCAGGAGGUGGAGGCCAUCAAUGGCUCUGCUGAUAAAGCAGUGGAGCACAGUGAGAAGAUCUUCACUGAGCUGAUCCGUCUCAUCCAGAAAAGAAGCUCUGAUGUGAAGCAGCAGGUCAGAUCCCAGCAGGAAACUGAAGUGAGUCGAGUCAAAGAGCUUCAGGAGAAGCUGGAGCAGGAGAUUGCUGAGCUGAAGAGGAAAGACAGCGAGCUGGAGCAGCUCUCACACACAGAGGAUCACAACCAGUUUCUACACAACUACCCCUCACUGUCAGCACUCGGUGAGUCGACACACUCAUCCAGCAUCAAUAUCCGUCCUCUGAGCUACUUUGAGGAUGUGACAGCAGCUGUGUCAGAGACCAGAGAUAAACUACAGGACAUUCUGAGAGAGGAACGGACAAACAUCUCACUGACAGUCACUGAAGAGGACGUUUUACUGUCACCAGCAGAGCCAAAGACCAGAGCUGGAUUCUUAAAAUGUUCAUGUGACAUCACACUGGAUCCAAACACAGCAGACAGACUUUUGUUAUUAUCAGAGGGGAACAGAAAAGUAACAUUUAUGGAACAACAACAGUCUUAUUCUCAUCAUCCAGACAGAUUCACUGUGUAUUCUCAGGUCCUGAGUAGAGAGAGUCUGACUGGACGUUGUUACUGGGAGGUGGAGUGGAGAGGUGGAGGAGUUUGUGUAGGAGUCGCAUACAAGAAUAUCAGCAGAGCAGGGAGGGACUCUUUAUUUGGAAACAAUGACAAAUCUUGGGGAUUACGCUGUGACACAAACAGUUACAAAUUCUUUCACAACAAAGUCCAAACUGUCCUCUCAGGUCCUCGGUCCUCCAGAGUAGGAGUGUACCUGGAUCACAGAGCAGGUAUUCUGUCUUUCUACAGCGUCUCUGAAACCACGACUCUCCUCCACAGAGUCCAGACCACCUUCACUCAGCCGCUCUAUGCUGGACUUUGUCUUUUAGAUUAUGGAGCCACUGCAGAGUUGAUUAAAGUCAAACAGAGAAGACAGGUUCAUGUUGAUCCCUGAUCAUUAUAUGUACUUGUGUAGUGUCUAA